AUGAGCCAAGUUGACCCAGAAGAUCACGAAGAAGCCGCCGGAGAGGCCGGGGAUCCGAAUGAGCAAGAGAAAAUCGCUCAGCAGCUUCAGGAGGAAAUUAUCAGAAGAGCCGUUGGAAAAUCGAUCGAAUUGGUCAAUGUCGAUCGAUAUAACACAUUGCUACAUCAAUUAUAUACUCAAAAAGACUAUGAUGGGUGUAAAGAGUUGAUUAGCGAGCUGAUGGAUACUUUUAAAGGAGAAUGUGAUUAUGCAAUUUACAUACGAUCGGUUAUUUGCAGGGAGGAAUGUGACCUUGAGGGUUGUUUGGAAUGGUGUAAUAAAGGAUUGGCGUUGAAUUCUAGUGAUCCAAAAUACAUUAUGCAAAUUGGAAGAGUUCAGUUGCUCCAAGGAAAUCAUACAACAGCCGUGGAAUUUUUGGAAAGAGCUGUACAUCUAGACAAAAUGAAUUAUAAAGCUUAUUUCUGGCUGGCCAGAGCGGUCUACCACCUCGAUACUAACCUAUUCGAUCCCGCCACGAAGGCUAAAGAUAUUUUAUUAAACGCGCCAGUUUUGCAUCACUCAUCUGAGCUCCUCAUCUUCCUCGCCAAGCUUUUUACCCAACUUGGAGAGAUUCAGGCAGCAAUUCAGACGUAUAGGAAAGCAAUUGAGAUGGAGCCCGAAAACAUCGAGCUCAUGUCAAAUCUCGGUAUGCUCUACCUAAGAGCCGGAAGUGAGGAGCAAGCCUUUGCAAUGUUCGGGAGGGCCCUGAGCUUUGAUCCAGCACAUGCACCAAGUAUCUUGGCUGCUGGCAGUGUCAUGCAAAGCCAUGGGGAUCACGAGGUCGCACUCAAUAAGUAUCGAGUAGCUGCCGAGAAGUGCGAUUACAAUGGAUGUUUAUGGAAUAAUAUUGGCGUUUGUUUAUUUGCAAAGGGGAAAUAUGUGGCGGCAAUUUCGUGUCUAAAAAAGGCAGCCUAUCUUUGUCCUCUUGAACAUCGCAUUCUCUACAACCUCGGCCUCGUCCAUAACGCAAUGCAACAGUACUGUUCUGCAUACCAUUUUCUAGCUGCUGCCAUGGCGCUGAGCCCCAGGAAUCCACAAGUUUUUGGAGCUCUAGCUGUUGUUCUAAGCGCUAUGCAGGACCCGGCAAAUGCGGAGAAAGCGUAUGUUAAAGCGAUGAGCCUGAAGCCAAAUGCACAGACGAUUUUAAACUUCGCAAUAUCCACUGGUAAAGCGGGGAAACACGAAAUGUCCAUGGCACUCCUUGAUAAAUAUAAGGAAUAUGAAAAUGCUAAUAAAGUACCACCGGUAAUAAAAAGCCUAGCGCAAAAGCUAGAACAUGUUUUAACAAUGAAGGAAGCCACGGCAGCUACUCCGGAACCAUCACAACCAGCUCCGGAAUGGCCCCCACGAGAAGUGGCUGAA